AACACCGACCUUGCGUCGAUAUAAACUCGCUCUCCCACACCCAAAUAUUCGCUCUUUGGGCUCCAGAACCUUCCGUUCCCAUCCGGAAGCGAAACCAAGGCGAUCGAGCCGGUAUCCUUCCGCCUUCCGAUCUCGUCGAGGUCGACCGCUGGUGCUGGGUGACUUAUAGCUGGUUCAACGCUCUUAAUACCAGCUGUCCGUCAUGUUUAAGAAGCCUGCUGAGGCAAAAUCAUUGCAACGCUUGUCAGGAGCAGACAAGAAGAAGCUUAGGAGAAUCGCAAAGGAAAAGUUCCCACAAGCCUCGGAUGCUGACAUUGACGCUAUUCUUCCUCCCAAGGCUGAGAUAACAUUAGCUAAGUAUCCAAAUCGCGUGCAUGUGUAUGGUGUAGAAGGAGGCUUUCCAGUGCUUUUUGAUAUUGAUGGGCGAGGCACAGAGAUAUUUCCCACAGUUUAUGCACUCUGGAAGGUUCCUGAACUAUUACCUGCAUUUCUGCUCAAGGGGGGUGAGGUAUCUCGCUAUGUCAUUGGAGGUGCUGAUUUGAUGUUCCCUGGUAUUAGCAUACCUCCAGAAGGGCUGCCUCCAUUCUUAGCUGGGCAACCAUGGGCAGUAAAAGUCCCAGGCAAUCCGGCACCAAUUGCAGUUGGUUCCACCACUAUGAGUAGUGCUGAAGCCUUAAAAGCUGGUUUGCGUGGCAAGGCUUUGCGAAUAAUGCAUUAUUAUCAUGAUUCGCUGUGGGAAUCAGUUGAAGGUCAUUUCGUUCCAAAUGCAGGAUUUUUGGAAGAUAUUGUUGUUGAAGAUCCUGCACUAUCUUUGGAUUCUCAGUUUUCUGACACUUCUGGAGAUGCUUCAAGCAGUCUACGUGAUGGCGAAGCCAUAGAAAAAGGGGAACCAGAUUCAGAUACCCAUACAGAAAAGCAUGUCGAUGCUCCACAAGAUGUUGACGUUAGCAAUGAAAUCUCCGAAGAAGUGGUUGCUGCUGACAUGAGUGGGCUAAAGGUGUCAAACAAUGCACCUGCUGAAGAGCCAAACAAUGAGAAGGAACCACAGACUCUAUCCAGUGAAGAAAUAGAUAUUCUUUUGGACACAUGCCUUCUACAAGCAUUGCACACAAGUGUAAAAGAUAAAGACCUUCCUAUGCCCGGUAGCACAUUAUGGUCAAAUCAUAUACUGCCCUGCAGGCCUCCAGGCAUCAAUCUGGACAUCAAAAAAUCAUCUCAUAAAAAACUCUCGAAGUGGCUACAAUCUAAAUCUUCUGCUGGGCUGAUAUCAGCAAAGGAGGAUAGAUAUAAGAAAGAGGUCAUGUUACUUGCUAUCAACCGUGCUCAUGCAGACUAUAUGUCCUUCAGACCAGAGAAGCGAGUAGUAGAGACUGCUGAUCAGAGGCAUGAUCCCUCAGUUGGUGAAGGUCGGCAGGCCAAACAACAGCUUGAGCUAGCUGAGAUUUAUAAGCCAAGCACACAUGUCAAUCCCAUAUUCACAUCGCUUGGAGCUGAUACCGGGAAAUAUUACAGUGCAUCAGAGGCAUCUGAUGUUGUCUUCAGUUACAUAGAGAAAGAAAAUUUGGUCAAGCCAACAAAUAAGGCAAUCGUAGUUCUGGAUGCUGCACUGUGUGAUGCUCUCUUCAAAGGUACCAUCAAGAAGGGCUCAACUUAUCCUACAGAGAUCCAUAAGAAAGAUUUAGGAGCGACAUUUCUAAACCGCAUGCAAGUCCACCAUAGGGUGUCAAGGGGGAAUGAGGUUGCUGUACGCAAGGGGGCAAUUAGGCCCAUUCAGAUUAUGACUGAACGACGGCAGGGAAACAAGAAGGUGACAAGAGUCUCAGGACUGGAGUCUUUCUUAAUGGAUGCUGACUCAUUAGCAUCCGAGCUUCAAAGAAAAUUUGCUUGCAGUACAUCAGUAGCAGAGCUUCCAGAUUUGUCAAGUGAGUCAAGGAGGGAGGCAUUUGUUAUUCAACGAUCCAAGAGGACUGCUGCUGGACGCCUGCUAGAUACCGUGUUCUAGUAAGAAAGGGCAGCAUGAGGUUCUGGUUCAAGGUGGGGUGAUGGAUGUCCUUGCAAAACAUCUUCUUGACCAGUAUGGCAUACCAAAGAGGUACAUUGAGGUUCUCGACAAGACUAGGAAAUGAGAGGCAGGAAUCCUAGUGUUGAACUAAAUAUAAGAAAUGAAGUCAGGAGAACCCAGCGCUCCUUUUUUUCCAUGGCUGAGCAGUUUAGGGAGCUUCUCACUUAUAAGGCAAAGAUGUAAUACCUAUGUCAUCUCUAUGGAAAUUUAUGACCGAGUGGGAUUUGUUAUAUAUUGGGAGUUCAUUUCAAACUAAAAACCAGCAUAGUCUUUAAGCUUUUCAUUGGAUGUCUUAAAUUCCUAUUUUGUUGUUUUAUGAGUUGUGCAGCUCUGUCAGCUCUUAUGUUUUAAUUUCCGAAUGGUGGAUGUAUGACAUUGGUGAUGACCUUCUUUUUC